GAAGUGACUGGGCUCAGGGCUCCGAAGAGCAGAGGACGGCCGGAUGCAGAAAAAAUGGAGACCUUAUCGGCAAGUGUGUGGCCCCGUCUGGAGCCGUUCCUCCUGGGUGCGCUACAGGCCUCUCCUCCAAGCAAGCUGAGCAUGCACUACCUGCGCAAGAUGGCCUGCUACGUGCGCACACGUGAUGGCUGCUUCCCACGGCUGGGCUGGCAUAUGUGGCGGCACAUUGCCUGUGGCAAGCUACAGUUGCCCGAGGAGCUGGCCUGGCUCUACUUUGAAACCUUUGACCUGCUGGAGCCACGCUCUGCCGAGGAGAAGCUUGAGUGGGCAGAGGCUCUGUCUCUGAGCCUGAACCCUCGUGAUCUCGACCGCCAGCGCAGCAAGCUGUCUGUGGACACGCUGCAGUUCCUGCUGUUUCUCUACCUGCAGCAGCUGAACCGCGUCUCUUUGCGCGUCUCUCUAAUUGGUGAAGAGUGGCCGAGUCCUCGCUCUCGCUCCCUGUCGUCCUCCUCUGAUAGGGAGGCCAAGAUCAGCUCCCAAAACAAGAAUUGGGAUGACCAGGCACACCUUACCUUCGUGCAGACUCACCUGGCCGAACUGCUGGAGCUGUUGGCAGAUCCAGGCGAGCUGAGGGGUUCGGGUCAGGCCUCGCGAGACGGUAAACUCUCAGCCGAAGCCCUGCAGGCUCUCAGCGUGCUGCUGGAGGGCACGGCGAGCCGCGGCCGCACUAUUCACCCUCUCCAUCGACUACUGAGUCGCAGCCCACUCCAGUCCAUGGCUGGAUACUCAAAGAUCAGCCGCUCCUACUCAGUGCAGCAGUUGCAGAGCUGGUUGAGCCAGGUGCUCACACUCAACCCGUUCGGCAUGUCCACCUGCCUGCGCUCGGGCAAGAAGCUGGCCUGGGCUCUGCAAGUGGAAGGUUCUAUGAAGAGAGCCAAGAUAGCCAGGAACACACACAUGGCCCCUCCAGGCAGCAGGGUGGUGCUGAUGUCCCAGGUUUACAAACAGACACUGGCUAAAGACUCUGAGAAACUGGCUGGCGCGAACAUCAAACUGCACCGCUGCAGCGAGGCUUUUAUCUACCUACUUUCCCCCCUUAGGUCAGUGACUCUAGAUAAAUGUCGAGACAGCACCGUUGUACUGGGCCCAGUGGAGACCAGUGUUCACAUGCAGAGUUGCGAGAACGUGCGGCUGGUGUGCGUGGCCGGACGCUUGGCGGUGGGUGGCUCCACCGACUGCACCGUUCAUGCUCUCACUCCCACUAGGCCACUUCUACUGCCUGGCAAUGCCAGCCUCACACUGGGGCCUUUCCACACACACUACCCCAGCCUAGAGGACCACAUGGCCAGUGUGGGUUUAGCGGUCGUCCCCAAUCUCUGGGAUCGGCCGUUGAUUUACGCCCCAGAUUGUCCCUCACCAGACCAGGCCUGCUACCGUGUCCUGCCCCCUGCACAGCUCUGCCCUAUGGUAGUACCGUUCCUCAUGGAGGGCGACACCUGUGAGGUGCCAGGGGGACUGCCGUCAGACUACCAGCAGGCUCUGGAGGAGCGUCAACAGAGGGUGCACAACUGGCAGAAGCUGGUGAAGGACACGCACCUUAACAAGGAGCAGCGGCGGCAGUUCCGGGCUCUGGUAGAGCAGAAGUUUCACGAGUGGCUCCUGGAGACGGGACACAGACAGGAGCUGGACAGCCUACUGCCUCCAACCAUCACGCGUUCAAACACCACGUGCCAGUCAAACUCCACCCAUGGCUCUGAAUGUUCGCUACAGCAUCCAAAAGCUCACACCCCCACAGUGUCCUGAGGACACGAACACUGUAACAGACACCGAUGCACUUAUUUUAUUUAGUGAGCUUUAAAUCUGCGUAGCAUUUCUCUUGGCUGGGGCAGACAAGCUUUUAUCUGAGCAGGUCUUCUCAACCCAGAACUGAUCCAAGAUCGGCAGUUAGCGUAGCAGACUCAGGAUAUGAAUUUGAAACGGUAUGCUGAAAGUUGUCUUCAAAAUAUGAUACAGUAUAUGCCUUGUACUACUUACUACUGUUAGAGAAUUAUAUGCUGGAUACAUGCUGCAGAAUAUGCCUCAUUAUUAUAUAUUAUUCCCUUAAUCUGCAAGCGGCAUGGCUUUUUAUGGGUUUUUUCUUUUCAUUAGACGCAAGCUUUACAGUUAAGGUACUUGAGCGUUGCGAGUACCUCUGAGAGGACGACUGCCUUAUUCAUUUUCAUAUGGAAGAAUAGCACAGAACAGAGUCCUGCAUUCAUGUGUACAGUUUGAAAGUGUUUACUUUUAGAAUUGUCGUCUUCUCGAAGUUGUCUGGUUUACAGGAAGGAAAUACAUGCCUUUUGCUGGUAUGCAUUCGUUUUCUUAAAAUAAGAGUACAGAUCCAAGAUUAAAAUAAGGGAAAGCUUAUCUAAGCCAGAAUAUAUUUAGCACUCUUACUUGAUGCUCGAUAUCCAUGAGUACCAAGUUCUCUAUUGGCAGCCAGUAUGACUGUGAAUGUAUUUAUUUAUUUUUUUCCCCCUGCUGUAGUUGUUGCACUUCCAGUUUCAUAACUUUCCCAGUAAGUGCUACUUAUUGUGUUCUCUAAGACCAGUGUCGCUCAGUUCUGGAGUUCAUCUGCCCUGUAUAUUAAUUUCACAGCCCCGAAGGGAAAGCACUAAAACAUAGAAAAGAAGGGAGUCCGCAACAGAAAACCGGGGAAGCAUUGCUCUAGAUUCAUUAUGAGAUUUAAUUUAUAUGACCUGUAUAUCCAAACCAACAUGAAAUACCACAUUACUCUCUGGAUUCAUUUUUCUACUUCUGUAGGAACUCACUUUUGUCCGUCAUGUAUCUCGUCUCUUUUUCCAUUAUGAAUAAAGUGUAUGAAUAAAUCCAGAGGACCUGUUUUUACAAAGAGAGCACAGUCUGUUAAGUACAGUUUGGCAUUAUGUUUAGAUUAAGGGAAGAGAUUUUGUUUGACUACCAAUAAAAGAUGCUUUAUCUUUGCA